UUUUGUCCUCUCUGGGCUCAGACCUAGUUUGCGGCAACAUGGCUAAACGCACCAAGAAGGUCGGAAUCGGGGGCAAAUACGGGACCCGUUAUGGUGCCUCCCUCAGGAAGAUGGUGAAGAAGAUUGAGAUAAGCCAGCACGCCAAGUACGCUUGCUCCUUCUGUGGCAAAACCAAGAUGAAAAGACGAGCUGUGGGGAUCUGGCAUUGUGGCUCCUGCAUGAAAACCGUCGCUCGUGGCGCCUGGACCUACAACACCACUUCUGCCGUCACAGUAGAGUCUGCCAUCAGAAGACUGAAGGAGUAGAAAGACCAGUGGAAGCGCCACCGUUUAAAACAUUGCUAGCCUAUAAUAAAUGGGUUAAUUUAUGUAACAAAAAUAGAUAAAUAAAUAAAUAAAUUUUCAGUUAUGCAAGAUGAGUAAGUUCUGGCAAUCUGC